AUGGGUAGUGGGCCGAUUGCCAUAAUUGGUUUGAGUUGUAGGUUCUCGGGUGACGCAACAAGUCCAACAAAACUAUGGGCGUUGCUUGAAGAAGGGCGGAGUACGUGGAGUGAGAUUCCACUAUCACGGUUCAAUCCCAAGGGGACCUAUCACCCAAACGGCGAGAAAUUGAGCACUUCACAUAUUCGCGGUGGCCAUUUCUUGAGAGAACAUUUGGCACUCUUCGAUGCUGCUUUCUUCAACUUUUCCACUGAAACUGCUUCGACGUUAGACCCUCAAUUCAGGCUUCAAUUGGAGUCUGUAUAUGAAGCACUCGAGAAUGCUGGCCUUCCCCUACUGCAAAUUGCAGGCUCCAAUACCUCAGUUUUCGCUGGUACAUUCUUCCAUGACUAUCGAGAUGGCCUGAUCCGUGAUGAAGAUAAUCUACCAAGGUCCUUUAUUACUGGGAUUGGCUCUGCCAUGGCAUCCAAUCGAAUAUCCCACUUUUUUGAUCUUCGAGGGGCGAGCAUGACGAUUGACACCGGGUGUUCAACGACGCUUGUAGCGCUUCACCAGGCGGUAGAAAACCUAAGAAGCAGAGGGAGCGAUAUGAGCAUACUUAGCUUCCUCUCGCCCGAUGGCAAGUGUUUUGCCUUUGAUGAGCGAGCUAAUGGUUAUGGGCGUGGAGAGGGCGUGGCCACUGUGGUUAUUAAACGCCUUGAAGACGCCCUCAUGGCUAAUGAUCCAAUUCGGGCUAUUAUUCGAGAGUCGGUCCUCAACCAAGACGGUAAAACUGAAACCCUCACAUCCCCCAGCCAGAAAGCACAAGAAGCUCUCAUGCGAGCUUGUUACGCUAAAGCUGGCCUUGAACCCUUCCAUACACAGUAUUUUGAGGCACACGGAACAGGUACUGCCACUGGUGAUCCAAUUGAAGUGGGUGCUAUUGCGUCAGUAUUUCAGAGUCAUAGACGAAAUGAGACUGAUGCCCUACGCAUUGGCUCUAUCAAAUCAAAUAUCGGCCAUACUGAGGCUACCAGUGGACUGGCUAGUGUCAUUAAGGUUGUGUUAGCUAUGGAAAACGGCAUGCUUCCACCGUCAAUCAACUUUGAGAAACCCAAUCCUCAGUUAGCCUUGGACGAUCGGCGACUAAAGGUGGUUACCGAAUUAGAACAAUGGCCAACAGCUUCUAGUCAGACUAUGCGAGCGUCAGUGAAUAAUUUCGGCUAUGGAGGUUCCAACGCCCAUAUCAUUAUGGAAGAUGCCAAUGGGUUCACACGAGAUGGCAUUGUCAACGGCCACGCCAAUGGUGUUAACCUUCAUACCUCUGAGCCCAACGGCAAUGGGUAUCAGCUUCUGGUCAUCAGUGCCAAAGACGAACAUACACAUGAGAAAAUUAUCACUAGGAUGAUAGAAUUCCUUCGCCAAAGACCACAGUGUAGUUCUAAGGAUACCGAGAGUUUCCUUCGAAGCUUGAUAUAUACUUUGGGCCAACGUCGUAGCAUGUUUCCCUGGAUAUCCGCAUACCCCAUCCCAAUAACUGAAAAUAUUGAAGGAGUUACUGGUAUCUUGGAAACGGCCAGAUUUAAGCCAUCUCGGGUGUCUCAAUGCCCACGUAUCGGUAUGGUCUUUACUGGCCAGGGGGCACAAUGGUUUGCCAUGGGUAGAGAAUUGAUUGCAGCGUACCCUUUGUUCAAACUAUCCCUUAAGGAAGCUGAUAGCUAUCUAAGAGAACUUGGGGCGGACUGGUCGCUAAUGGAAGAACUUGGUCGUGACACAACUUCAAGCCGGGUCAACCAGACCGCCUUUAGUAUACCUAUCUGUGCUGCGGUGCAGAUCUCGCUGGUCCGACUGUUGGAAAGCUGGGGAGUAACGCCGGCAGCAGUAACCAGCCACUCAAGCGGGGAGAUUGCUGCUGCAUAUGCGGUAGGCGCCAUCAGCCUCAGAUACGCCAUGGGCAUUGCGUUUUAUAGAAGCAGACUAGCCGCUGAAAUAGCCCUAGACGGCGAUAUCAGGGGAGGAAUGCUAGCUGUCGGCCUUGGCCAUCUGGAUGUGAAGCGACAUCUUGAGCAGCUGACUUGCAAUGCUCUAGCAGUGGUAGCCUGCAUCAAUAGUCCUUUUAACACGACGGUAGCGGGUGAUAUUACAGCGAUUGAAGAACUCGAGUUGUUGCUCAAAUCUCAGGAUGUCUUUGCUCGUCGACUUCGAGUGGGCACUGCGUAUCAUUCUCACCACAUGGAGCCCAUCGCAGACAAGUAUCGCCAGGCACUCAGUAACAUGCCGAAAGAAGAACCCAAGAUAAAACGUCUAGGAGAAAUCGCUUUUGCAUCGCCCGUCACUGGCUACCGUCUUACAAAUGCCCAAGCACUUGUCGACCCAGAACACUGGGUUGGUAGUUUAAUGCAACCCGUUCAGUUCGUUGAUGCCUUCAUCGAGAUGGUUCUGGGGGACAUGUCUGACGACGUGCAUAGUCAAAGUGUAGACAUUAUUGUUGAAAUUGGCCCACAUACUGCCCUAGGGGGCCCUAUUCAAGAAAUACUCACCAUGGAAGAAUUUGACGGAAUCCGGCUGCCAUAUUAUGGUAGCCUCGUGAGACAUACUCACGCAGUUGAAAGCUUCCAGAAACUAGCAGCAAACUUGCUAAAGGAGGGCUGUCCACUCAAAAUUGACGCCAUCAACUUCCCUCAAGGGAGAAGCAAGAGCGUCCGUGUCUUGACAGAUCUCCCUUCGUACCCAUGGAACCAUCAGACAAGGCACUGGCUCGAACCACGGCUCAACUUGGGACUUCGCCAAAGGGACCAACAUCCCCACGAGCUACUUGGAUCCCUAAUCCCAGGAUGCAAUCCUGAAGCACCUGUAUGGCGACAAAUACUGCGUUCUUCUGAAGCUCGUUGGGUUCAAGACCACGUUAUCCAGUCCAAAAUGCUCUAUCCUGGCUGUGGAUUUGUUUGUUUGGCUAUUGAAGCGAUCAAACAACAAAUGGACAUUACCAAACCACAGGAAGGCUCUGGGGUAUCUGGUUACCAUAUUAAAGAAAUGAAUGUGCAGCAGGCACUCGUUAUCCCAGAAAGCACUGAAGGAAUUGAAUUACAAACCUCUCUGCGCCCUGUAAAUGGCAAUUCGGUUGGCUUGCAAGACUGGAAAGAGUUUGAGAUUCAUUCAAUUACUCCAGAAAAUAGAUGGAUGCUCCAUGCAAGAGGUCUUGUUAUGAUUGAGUUUGACAACAUAGAGAGCACCAUCUCUUCAUUUGGUCAGGAGGUACGAUACAUACGACCAGUUAACGCCAUUGAUAUGUGGACUACCCUAGAAUCACUGGGUAUUAAGUAUGGCCCGACAUUUAGGAACAUUAGCAACAUCCGUCAAUCCAUGGCCGACCUGCAAGCAACAAGCAUUAUCACAAUACCUGACACGUCUGCGCCCAAUGACCUACCUCCUAACCACAUCAUUCAUCCCGCCACGCUUGAUGCUGUUGCCCAAGCUGCUUUUACAGCUCUUCCCGGAGCUGGCUUCCACCAGGAUAGUCCUCGGGUUUUCCAGUCAAUUAGCAAACUCUGGAUUUCGAGUAGAAUAAACCAUCAGGCAGGCCAUGAGUUCAAAUGCCACACGACACUCGAUUAUGCUGAUGUACAAGGUAUAAGGGCUACUGUUGUACUCGUUGAUCAAGGCAAGCGUGUGAUUGAAGUGCAUGGGCUGAAGCUUCGCUCGCUGGGUGAAAGUGGAACUCAACCAUUGCCAGGGCUCUGCACCAAAAUAACUUGGGAGCGUGAUAAUGAUUUAAAUCUUCACUCAGAUGUAGUUUUGCAAAUGGGCGAAAACGAGGACCUCAAAAAACUGUCCUUAUGUUUCAUGAAAGAUGUCUUGACUGAAAUUUCCCCAUCUGAAGCGGAUGGUCUUCAGGGCCAUUAUGGUGACGUUUAUUCUUGGAUAAAAGACAAACUGAAGCUUUCGACGCCAGAUACUAUACAGUCAGAUCGAGUUCGCCUCGCUGAGAGGGCAGCAGAAACAGGCAUGAGAGGCCAAUUGUUGUGCCGCGUAGGUCCAUGUUUAGCAGAUAUCCUCCGAGGCCAAACGGUUGCCCUAGAUAUUAUGAACGAUGGUAACCUCCUCGAGAAGUGGUCGCGGUCUUCCAACCAUAAUACUGAUAAUAUUGCGCAUGAAGCUGCUCUGCUUCGUCAGAUCGUGCACAAACGUCCCCAAGCGCGAGUCCUUGAACUUGGGUCACGGGUAGACGGCUUGACCCGUAUCUUUCUAGAAGCACUAAGCCCGCUCGGCUCCCUGUAUCACUUCACUAAUGCUUCCGACAAAGAUUUCAAAUAUGCUGAGCGGGAACUAGGGCCAUGGAGCCACAUUCUUCGGCUGGAUGCACUUGAUAUUGCCCAAGAACCAUCCACGCAAGGAUUCGAGCCGGGCAGUUAUGACGUUGUGAUCAUGUCUGGGAUGGCGCCACCCUCUACCCAAGCCUUGAGAAACAUACAAUCCCUGAUAAAGCCUGGCGCUUGCUAUGAGCUUUGUAGGGAGCUUAUUUUUAGCCUCCUUCCCGAGCGGUGGGAUGCUAAUUGCAGAGAUCAAAAUAUAUGUUUGGAUCUUGUUUCGUGGGAUAAGCUUCUCAAGGAUACGGGUUUCAGCGGUAUCAACAUUGCGGUGCCUGACUUCAGUGGUGUAGCCACAUACCAGACGAACACGAUGGUAUCAACAGUGCCGCUGGUUGACUUGGCCCAGUGUCUCCCCGAUGAUAUUAUCCUCGUCACUAGUAGCAAGGGAGGCAUACCCCCGCCACAAUGGCUUGAGGCUUUACAGCAUUCCAUUUCCAUAACGUAUUCAGGUAAAGUCCUCACAUAUAUCCCCGAGAUAUUUGCCCUAGAGGAUACACCAGCAGAUUUGUAUACUGGCAAGACCUGUGUUUUCGUAGGCGAAAUGAAUCAGCCUAUCCUCCGGGACAUAGACGCCACGACCUUUGAAGCUAUCAAGGCCAUGACAACUAGGUGCAAAGGGCUGCUUUGGGUAACCCGUGGUGGCUCCGUGAGCUGUGAAAAUCCAGACUCUGGCCUUGCAGCAGGGUUCCUUCGUACUGCAAGGAGUGAAUACCUUGGUCGAUCAUAUAUAACGCUAGAUCUCGACCCCUCUACAUAUUUAUGGUCUGAAGACAAUGUUAAAGCGAUUGUGCAAGUUCUCAAAGCGAGCUUUGACGGGUCCUCGACAGGCGAGUUUGAAUAUGCCAUUCGAGACGGCAUAUUUAAGAUACCCCGUCUUUUCAGUGACGGGCACCGUACCCAGCUUGUCUCACCCGUUGAUGCUACAGCAAGUGACGCAAUCAAGAUGGCACCUCUAUCUCAGGCCAAUAAAGCCUUGACAAUGAAUAUUGCUGUUCCUAAGCGACUUGACACCAUCUGCUUUACAGAAAAUGCAUCUCUCUCGGCCAGCAGUGAGUUAUCUCCUGAAACAGUCGAGAUCGAGCCCCAUGCCUAUGGUAUCAAUACUCGUGAUGUAAUGAUCGCCACCGGCCAGCUACGUGACGAUUGUAUGUUUAUGGGCCUCGAGUGCGCUGGUAUCAUCACCCAGGUGGGUGCCAAAGCUUCCAUGCAAGGGUAUUCUAUUGGGGAUAAGGCAUUUGGUGUCCUGCCGUGCGGAGGAAUCGGGAGUAUUGUUCGAACGCCUUGGACAAACAUCAUGCCAAUGCCUUCGAGCCUCAGCUUUGAAGAGGCUGCUUCACUCCCUUUGGCUUUUUGUACAGCAUAUAUUUGCCUUACCAGCCUAGUUCAUUUGGAACGUGGCCAGGCCAUCCUCGUCCAUGAGGCAGAAAGAAGUGUAGGGCAGGCGGCUCUGAUGGUGGCUAGAUAUAUAGGUGCAGAAGUCUAUGCUACAGUCAGAGCCCCCGAGAACAGCGAGAUGAUAAAUCGCAAAUUUGAUAUACCGGAAGCCCAUAUUUUUAGCAGUCGAAAUACUUCCUUUAUCGCUGGCGUGCUGAGUGCUACCGAUAGCCGCGGUGUCAACGUUGUCCUCAACUCCCUAUCAGGGCCGCUUAUCUUAGAGAAUAUCAAUGUACUCGCUCCAUUUGGCCACAUUAUUGACAUCAGCCAACGUGACUCCGAAACCAGAGGCUCACUGGAAAUGCCGCCCCCUAACCGGCCAGUUUCAAUAUCAACGUUCUCACUCCUUGCUCUCGCUCAGUACAGUCCAAGUCAGCUGCAUAGCGCUAUGGUUGAAAUUACUCAACUUAUUGGGAAAGACAAGAUUUCACCAGUCCAUCCUCUUACAUCCUACUCCAUCAAGGACAUUUCAGAGGCGUUCCGUCGUGUCCAGGAAGAGAAUCAUGUUGGAAAGGUUGUGUUGUCCAUUGGCCCAGAUAGUAUGGUCCCAGUACUACAACAGCUUCCCACAAUGAGAUUCUCACCGGAUGCAUCCUACCUCCUAGUUGGUGGUGUGGGAGGACUAGGUUGUUCUAUUGCACGGUGGAUGGCGGACCAAGGGGCCAAGAGUAUUAUCAUAUUAUCGAGGAGUGCCGGCAAAAGUGAGCAAGCCGCUGCACUUGUUAGCGAACUUAGCCAAGUAGGCUGUCAGGUCAAGGCUUUGAGCUGCGAUAUCUCACGAAAAGAUGAUUUGGCGUGUUCUCUUCGUGAAUGUCAAGACGAUGGAAUACCACCCAUUCGUGGCGUCAUACAAGGAGCCAUGGUUCUAAAAGACACCCUUCUCGAGCGAAUGACGCUUGCCGAUUUCCAAACCGCCAUAUACCCCAAAGUCCAUGGAACAUGGAACCUACACGCUCAAUUCGCGGAUCCAGGCUGUCUAGAUUUCUUCGUAAUGUUAUCUUCUGCUGUUGCUGUUGCGGGUAAUGCCGGUCAGGCCAACUAUGCUGCCGGAGGAUCUUACCAAGAUGCGCUUGCUCGCUGGCGAGUAUCCCAAGGCCUUCCUGGCGUCUCUAUCAAUCUCGGAGCCGUCAAGGAUAUCGGGGUUGCUGCCAAUACAGGUGUAUUGAGCCACCUACAGAGAGUAGGUUACUUCCCCAUCCACGAGGAGCAAGUGCUUUCCAUACUUGGUACCGCUAUACUUUACCCGUACGAGCCACAGGUUGUGGUCGGGCUGAACACCAGGCCCGGGUCCCACUGGGAUAUCGGAGGGGGAUCACAACUUGGACGUGAUAUGCGGUUUGCUGCUCUGAAGCCCCGUGAUCCCGAUAGCGCAGACGGCAAGAACCUGACCGGGAGUUCUAACUCACUCACUAGCAAGCUCGCAACGGCCAAGUCGUUGGAGGACGCUGCUGGCCACAUUGGCGAAGCUAUUGUGGAGAAAGUAUCCAGCAUUUUCAUAAUUCCUUCGAAUGAUAUCGACUUAACCAAUAAGCCUGCACAGUACGGUAUCGACUCCCUUGUCGCAGUUGAGCUCCGAAAUAUGCUCGUUCAGCAAGCAGCGGCAGAGGGCUUCUAUUAUCACGUGUCUGUUGACGACGUCCAAAUAUCCCGAUUUCUUCUUACUCCCUCUCUUCCUCAGCUUCAUCUUUGGUUCAGUGAGAAGAAGCCUGUGUGUACUCAACCAGGUCCCCGGUUAUCGACAUUAUAUCAACAAAAAGCCAGCUGCGUCGCCGGGGGCCUGGUUGAGUACGUUUUUUGUUCUAUUCCUACUCCCUUGACUUUGAAAACUGGUGUUAAGCCUCCUCUUAAAGUCAAUAUAUAUGAAUUUUUCUAG